AUGAUGGGAAAACGAGAACCAAAAGAAUACAUCAAUGUAUUAAGCAAAAGGUGGUCAUGGUAUGCGAUCUCUGCAUCAGGUCCAAUUCAGCCCAAUUCCAAGAAGCUCAUGCACGCUCUCAGUUGUCCACUUCCCAUGAGACAAUGGAGAUGCAACGCCAAAACCAACACCAAAACCCUUAGCGCUCCACUGAAUACAAAAUAA